GCGCUCUCUCUCUCUCUCUCGACUCUAGAGAUCUGGAUUCUUCCUUUCAUGUUGAUUUCGUUGUUUGCUAAAGUAGUGGGCUAGCCAAGUAAAGUUAGCUUAAUUAUUGUAAGCAACCGGCAACCUUCAACCUGCAAGUGGCAGAUCAUAUAUUACUAUUCCUGGGGAAAAGUUCAAGCACGUAGUCGUAAUUAAGAAAGAGAGUGCUGAUAAUUGCCUUCACCAUGCCGCCUCGGAGAUAUGCCUUUGGGAGGGCCGACGAGGCCACCCACCCUGACUCCAUGAGAGCCACUUUAGCUGAAUUCGUUGCCACUUUCAUCUUUGUCUUUGCUGGGGAAGGCUCUGUUCUCGCUCUUGGGAAGAUUUACAAGGAUAGCGGCACAUCAGCAGCUGAGCUGAUAGCCAUAGCUCUUGCACAUGCCUUCUCUCUAUUUUCGGCCGUCUCAACCAGCAUUAACGUAUCUGGUGGCCACGUCAACCCUGCUGUAACCUUCGGUGCACUUAUUGGUGGAAGGCUCUCUGUUGUUCGCGCCCUUUACUACUGGGUUGCUCAGCUCCUUGGGGCUAUUGUGGCUUCCCUUUUGCUAAGGCUUGUCACAAAUGGCAUGAGGACAGUGGGGUUCAGCAUGGCCUCUGGUGUUGGCGAGUGGCAUGGGCUAAUACUAGAGAUUGUGAUGACAUUUGGGUUAGUUUACACCGUGUAUGCUACUGCCAUUGAUCCCAAGAGGGGUAGCUUGGGAACUAUGGCACCACUGGCAAUUGGAUUGAUUGUUGGGGCAAAUAUCCUGGUGGGCGGGCCUUUUGACGGGGCAUCCAUGAACCCAGCAAGGGCAUUCGGGCCUGCACUGGUAGGGUGGAGAUGGAGGAACCACUGGAUCUACUGGGUUGGACCAUUUAUAGGAGGUGGGUUGGCAGCUCUCAUAUAUGAGUACAUGGUGAUACCAACAGAGACCCCCCACCACACUCACCAGCCCUUGGCUCCUGAGGAUUACUAGUCUCUAGUCUCUAGCCUAGUACUACUACUUUACUUUACUCUCGUUGUUUGUUUUAGCCACCCACUACCUACUCUACUGUUUAAGUUUUUAUGUUCCAUUUUCUGUAAUCUUCCUCUUUCGGUUUGACAACUUUUCAUAAACACCUCAUGUCCAUCGCAUGCAUAUGUGAUUGUAAAGCUAAUAAAAGUGUGCCAUCGAGUUUCUUUGGCUAA